CGCCCCUCAGAUAUCGUGCACCAUGGCGCUGCAUGGGCCCCCUAAAGACGCAGAUGCUCAUCGUUUGUCGACAUUCCCCAAAACACUCAGUGAACUUAGGACGUCGAGGCACCUAGGUCUUCGAGGAGAAAAUUUAAGGGCGGCGGAAUCACCAAGAACAUCGCAACGAGACGCUAGACGCGAGCACUCCAGAUACGAACCCCACUAG